AUGGCAAUCUGGCAGAGACACGUUCCGAGUAGCGCGGGUAAGUUCUGCAUUCACCAAGUUGAAGCGGAUAGAGCUGAAAGAUGGGGUGCCUUCUUCAUCCCACAUCGUGCUUCUGCUUCUGGUCUUCCGAAAGACUUGCGUGAUUACAGAAUUUGGGACACUCGUGAGUUGCGUGAGCACCUCCUGAACAGUUGCACUCGGACGCGUCUGCUGGAAAUUGCAGAACAGAUGAAGGCAAUGCCAUCGUCUUCUUCUUGCUCCAAGCCGUCGCGGAAAGACCUAGCAAAGUUCAUCGCAGAGGCUUGUGUGCUUCCUCCUGUUGAUGCCGAGCCGUGCCAGAACACACAUAUUGACCGCCUCUGCUCUUCGUUAAGCUAUGAGGACUUUCUCAGACGUACGAUGAAGGGCGAAGACGUGAAGAGGGAGACUGUUGAAAAGGUGCUGACGAUUCUUUCUGAUGCUUGUAAGAAGAACGGCUGGCAUUCCGAUGACGAUUGCAGAAGAGCAUUAGAGCUUGUGCUCAAAGGAUGCAUUAAAGAACUAGACCCGAACGUAGCGAAGCAGUACAUCAAAGAAAUCAACGCGAAGAUACGCUCUCAGUCAUAA